AUGCAGGCAGGUAGAGAUGCCUGGAUGCCUGGCCACGGCGAUGGGUUCGAGCAACGGUCAUGCUCAAACCACCUCAAGCACAGUCUCACCUGGCCACCGAUCGGUAUUAGUAACGCGGAAGGCUCUUCAUACAUCACCUUGGGCCAGGACAUACGACCUUGCAGGUGGGCUUUGAUUGAAACACAGUGAGCACCCGCCUGUGCCGAGACUCGGUCGAGUAUCUCAAACAACGUCGGAGCUGGACUGGAACUGACCCGCUUCCACUGUCGCCGCCCUGACUGCCGUUGCUUGCCCAGCUUGCUUGCUCGCUUGCGCCGCUGCGACCGCCGACGAGCGAACGCCUCCAACUGGCAACCGCUUUCUCGAGCUCCGACAUCGUGGCGACGCAGUCGUACGAACCAUCAGGCUGGGGCGUCGGUCGGCCGACUCGUGACGAGCAUCGGCUGUUCGUCGACGCUGCCGCAUCCGAGGACGACGAAGGCGACGUCGAUUUCUCCGCCUUCAUUCACGACUCGACGGACUCGCUUCGCGACGGCGGCGCCCAACCGACGACGACCGUAGAAGGUGGUGUAGGCUCGGACACGAACUCCGUGAGCCACCAACAGGCUUCGUCAUCGUCCCACGCUUCGACGGCUGCGUUCCUCGCGUCGAUCCCUAACGCUUCGUCGGUGUUGCUCGGCUCGCGCUUCUCGGGCGCGACGCCGGAGGGGUCAUCCGCUUCGACCGACUCGCCUCACCAUUCGGGAUCGCCGUUCUCCUCCGUCGGCGCCCCCACAGUCGACUCGUACGACCUCACCACCACCUCCGAGUCCACACCUUCGACCUCGCCCCCGUUCGCGAGCAAGGCCUUCUUUCCCCCACUGCCGGCGAACUCGACGCAGUGCGACAUGAGUGCACCACCGUCGGCGCCAGGCAAGACAUCGGCCGUGCCACCGUACACCGUGCCGCUCGAUUGGCGAACGGGCACCCAGAGCGGACCGUUCACCGUCGACAGCGGAGGCGGAGGCGGAGGCGGAGCAGCAGCAGCAACCACAACAAGUGCAGCAAAACAGCAGAAUUCCGCCCGUACCGCUCCGAUGCCAGACAUGAUGCGAGCCGCACUCGACCCCAACGCUGCGGCAAUCUACAACGCCCAGCUCGCAGCGCAAGCAGCAUACAUGCAGGCCCUUUCGGCUUCCCUCUCCAGCGCAGGUCUGUCCCCACCGAGUACAACGCCAGGAACACCUUCGGCACUCUCGGCGGGCUCACCUUACGGUCAAUCCGAGUGGAUCGCAGCCCAGGCACAGGCUGCGAACUACGCCGCCGCCUUUGGUCGUGGCGGCGGGCUGCCGCCUUUGGCGAUGCAAGGGCUUUCCAUGGCUCAACCGUACCCUCUCUACAGCGGAUAUCCCCGCGCACAUUCCCAUUCGCCCUAUGCGUCACCAAUCGUACCUCAAUACCCCUCGCCCUUUGGCGCACCCGGACAAUCUCCGAUGACGAACCCGCUGAUGGACCCGAGCAUGUACGCCCUGCACGCCAGUCUCUUGGCCCAACGACGAUCACAGGCGUAUUCGACUACAUCUUCGGCCGCACAGUCACCAGUUGGCUCACCCCUGACCGACAAUGGCGCAGGGGCUGCGUUCCUGUCCAGUUCGCUCCCGCAAAGCUCCAACUUGCCGAACCGAAGCGAAGGGAGUUCUUCGAGAGCGGGAGGGCCACGACGGACGAGCUCGUUUAUCAAGGCGGCAAGAGGUAUGUCAGCUUCGACUGCAGGUGCAAAUGGUGCCCAUGGUGGCGCCGCGCACUCUCGUCAACGCACUGCACCGAGCCUCAGCACCUCGGGCGCUUUCUCUGCCUCACCCCUCGCCUCGCCCUCCAUCACCUCGCCCUCGACAGAGUUUGCCGGCCCCAAUCCUCCAACGCUUCCGCGCGGGUCCUUGUCGACAAAAACGUCUCCGGCCCACUCACGCGCGGCAUCCGUUUCGUCCCAAUUUGUUCCCGUGGUCCCCACCCCGCCCAUGUCCCGUCCGGUAUCACCCAAGCCCGUCGUUUCGGCUCCCGCUUCCGCUUCGGCGUCUACCUCAGCACAGCAAGCUGGAUCACCACCACCCGUCGACUAUGACUUUUCGUCGCUCGAGCACGAUUUGGAUCAGUUCUCGUCCACGGGCUUUGCUUCCGCCGCUGCAGCAGCGAUGUCGACCGGAACGGGGACGCGUCGAGGACAUACGGGUGUGGGCGCGUACGGGGUCGGUGGAUACGGAUCACCGCAAUCACCCUAUGCGGUCGCGGCCGAAUCGACGCCGAGCCCCAAGGUCGUUGCCGAGGUGUUGGGCCAGAGCGUCUUUGCCUCCUCGGCCUCGCGGACUCCGAGUUCGAACGAAGCAAGCCCGAUCGAUUUCGCCGCCUUGCUCCAGACGUCCAACGCCGGUUCGACAAGUCGGAAAGCCAGUCCAGCCGCAACGGGUCUGGAUUCGAUGCCGAGCCCGACCGAUUCGACCAUCAUCGACGACGAAAGUGCAGAGGCGUUGAGUCGUAAAGAUCCGAUCGCAGCUCAGGUUUGGCGCAUGUUCAAUAAGGCCAAGAACACGUUGCCGAACGGGGCGCGGAUGGAAAACUUGACGUGGAGGUUGAUGAGCAUGACGUUGAAGAAGAGGAGGCAAGAGACGGCCGCAGCUGAGGCGGAAGCGAACGCCCUUGCGACGAUGGAGGCGGCUACCCUAGCGAUGCCCCCGCCGACUUCGACGGGUGUGACGAUCAGCACACCCGAAGCCGAACGGGAAGAAGCCAAGGAUGAUGUUUUGGAGUUGCGCAGCCGGAACGAAGCGACUCGACUGCACAAGUCCGGACCUGCGGGGGACGUGCUGGAAGAGGAGGCCAGGGGUCGUCGAGGGAGAUCAGGACCUGGCACAGCUUCGGCGAGUGCAAGUGAGAGUCCCGAGAAUGCGCAAGAGGAGUGAGUACCGACACAAACGUAACCUACACUCUUCGCACGCCUUAGCUGACCCGUGCUUGCCUCCACAGUGAUUUCAUGGAUUGGCGAGCAAAGUCUCAAUCCCGAUCCCGUUCCAGAGCCCCCGAUGCGAUGGACUGGCGAGCGGCCUCGAGGUCCCGCUCUCGCGCACCCGACUUCCGGGUCUCGGUCGCCCCUCCGACUGUCGACUCUGCCACUGCCACUGCCAACUUCUCCCGGUUCUAUGGCGACAACACCCCGGUUUCCAACCCCCCAGGGGCUCAGACCGCACACGUACAGCUCGCCGCAUCCCUCGGCCUCAGCGCGACAGACGACAUGUUCAGCUCUUUUGACCUCUCUUCGACCGACUUUGGUGGCUCGCAAGGGUCCCCUGCCGCUCCUUCGAACCCAAGUGCGCCCGCUAUCCCCAUCUCGGGCACCUCAACGGUCUCGGCGACAACAAGCAACUCGCUCAACUCGGGGUCCCAGUUCUCGUUUGCGGCCGGCUCGGGUGGCAACCCCGCCGCCAGUGCCAAUUUGUCUGCGAUUGAAAGCACGCUCAAUCAGCUCAUCGACCUGCAGUCGCUGAGCAACUCGAACCACUCAAAGUCCCAUUCAUCGGGCCGUCAGUCGGCGAACGUGUCACCAAGCUCGAGUCUUCGUGGGCUGGCCAAGAGCUUUGUGUCCGAUGAAGCAGGUUUACCGGAAGUGCGCAAAGCCAGUGGUGAUAGCGCGUAUGCUUCUUUGGCGCAGCAGCAGCUGCAAUCCUUGGUGGUGAGUCGAGUUGGGUUUAGUGGGCAAAAGCGGGGUCUUGAUCUGGUGUUGCGACUUGCAGGGCCGCAAAUCUUCGAACGCGGGGCGAGCUUCGACUUCGACUGCUUCCUCGAGCGCCUACCUCAACGCGGCCACACUUGCGCAGUCGUCGCGUCCGUUCGCCUUCGCGCCUCCUUCAGGACUCAGUCUCGCUCGACCCUCGGGCACAAUAUCCCCUCGUGACGACAGCGGCCACAACUCGCAACCGCAAACACCCUUCUUCGAUGCACCCCAUCCCUUCUCAUACCCUCAAUCCGCGCCGGGCCCUGGCAACGGCUUCAUCAAUUCCCCGAUCGGUUCGCUGUAUCAAGAAACCCACGAUGUCAACAGUGCCUCGAUCUACGAUUACUUCAACCGCACCGACCUGGCGAGCACACCGGCGGGAUCGGCCUUCACAUCGCCCUACCUCGGGGGAACCUCGGCCGCUGGUCAAGGCACAUUCGAUCCUUCGGCUUCGAUGACCCAUGUCAAUCCAUCGCAUCUCUUGAGUCUCCUACAGACCCCCGCUGCCUACGACUCGGACUCUUCGUUAGCCUUGACCAGCCCCGGGGAUGCGUCGCGCCACGGCACACCUUCACCGCCGGACCCACCGCAAGCUGGAACUGGCGCCAAACCGGAUGCCAGUGGUCUUCCGUCAAAGCUCGGUCCGAUCAAAUCCCCCAUUGCAGUGCCACGUCGACCCAAACAGCCCUCGGCACCCAAGGCUCAAACCGGCUCGAACGUGCGCGUCUCUGCCAGCUCGCCUGACCUUGUCAGCCUUGGACACCACGCGGCAUUGUCACCCAUCUUGGAGAGUAUAUCAGCGACGUCAACCAAGCUUCCCAAGGUCCCGGGUGCUUCGGCUUCGCGCACACACUCGAGGAGCAACACCAUCUCGGUGCAAGCUUCUAUUCCAGAAGCUCGACCUCUUGCGCCUUCGCUCGUUGGAACCACGUCGGCUACACCUUCUGCGGAUGGAGGCGAUUCAGAGGUCGUCAAGUGUUUGAACUGUCAGACGACGAACACACCGCUUUGGCGUCGUGAUGUCGAUGGGCGUCCGUUGUGCAACGCCUGUGGAUUGUUCAGGAAUUUGCAUGGCGUUGAUCGUCCCGCCAACCUCAAUACUGGUGUGAUUAAGGUGAGAGACGAGCCCGCACAUGCUGUAUUACUAUCUCUCACAGAUGACUGACUCUUCCUGCUCGUCCGUCUCCAGAAACGCAACCGAGCCCGCGGUCCUAAAGAUCCGACCGCCACGAAAAAGAGCCACGGUCGAUCCGUCGUGCGCCGCAACAGUCUCGGCGCUUCCGCUGCCCCAAUCUCCAUCACUCCUUCAUCCUCUUCUCGAGUCCAAAUGCGCCAAUCGAUUGGACCUUACCCCUCCACCGCUGCUAGGGCCGAAGCCGCUUCGGCAUCGUCGACAACUCAUUCGGCGACGAAUAGCCAAGUCCCUAGUCCUUCGUGA